AUGAUUUUAGGCUUUAAUAGUUUCAAGAUCCCGACUGGCUGUUCUCAAAAGCCAUCUUUGCAUUGUUCCUCCUCGGGCUCCUUGCUCGCCACGGAUUCCGGCAGCUUUAUCGCCAGAGUCCCUGAACUAUCACCAACGUGCCCCACCGUGUCAGAUGCAGCCCUAGACACCAGCUCUGAAGUCAUCACCAAGGACUUAAAGAAGAAGGAAGUUGUGGAAGAGGCGGAAAAUGGAAGAGGCCCUGCUAACGGGAAUGCUAAUGAGGAAAAGCAGGAGACUGACAAUGAGGUAGAUGAGGAAGAGGAAGAAGAAGGUGGGGAGGAAGAGGAGGAGGAAAAAGAAGGUGAUGGUGAGGAAGAGGAUGGAGAUGAAGACGAGGAAGCUGAGUCUGCUACAGGCAAGCCGGCAGCUGAAGAUGAUGAGGAUGAUGAUGUCCAUACCAACAAGCAGAAGACCGACAAGGAUGACUAG